AUGGAGUUACACGAUAUACCGCCCGAGCUGGAGGAACUUGUCGUUGUGACGUCGUUACCGACGAUCCCCGUGACGAUUUUAUCUGGAUUUUUAGGAGCUGGGAAGACGACUUUGCUUCAGUUCAUCUUGCUAGAGGACCAUGGCAAACGUAUUGCAGUGAUUGAGAACGAAUUCGGUGAAGAAGUGGGGGUUGAGAGUCUCGUGGCGAAAGACGGCACGGAUGGGAAAGUAAUGGACGGAUUUUAUGAGCUAAGCAAUGGAUGUGUCUGCUGUUCUGUACGUGAUGAUUUGGUGAAUACACUGGAGAAGCUGCUAGAGCGUCGAGAUCGUUUUGAUUACAUUCUAGUCGAGACGACGGGGAUGGCAGAUCCAGGCAAAGUAGCAAGUAUUUUUUGGGUGGACAAUGAACUAGAUGGCAGAAUAAUAUUAGAUGGUAUUGUGACGGUUGUGGAUGCACCACGACUUGAGUUUCACUUGAAACAUCGAGAUACGCAACGAGAAGCAGCAGCUCAAUUGGCUUAUGCUGAUAGAAUCUUGUUGAAUAAAGGAGACUUGGUUCAUGGACAAGAAAAGAGGCAGCAGAUUGAGGACAGAGUGAAACAGAUCAAUGGGAUUGCAAGUGUGAAAUGGACAGAGAGAUCGAGAGUGGAUCUGGAUGAUAUUCUUAAUAUCAAGAGCUUUACGACGAAUAGAGCAGAGCAGGUGGAGAAGGAGCUGCAACGAUUACUGCAUGAAGGUGAGAACAAAGACGAACAGGGUCACGGAAACUUUGAUGAUGAGCAGUGUGCCUCUGCUACGCACACGGGUGGCAUGCAAACCACUUGUGUAAGAAUUCGAGAUGGACCGCUGGACCAGGACAAACUAGAGAGGUGGCUUGGAAAAUUGCUCUGGGAACAGGACGAAGACAAGCUUUUUCGCGUGAAGGGCGUGGUUGCAGUUGCAGGCGAUCCCCACAAAUUUAUAUUGCAAGCUGUGCACGAGCUGUUUGAAGUCUAUCCUUCUGAAGAAUGUUGGACAAAAGAUGAGCUGAACGGUACAGAUGCCCGAGUCACGCAAGUGGUCUUCAUCGGUCUUAAUCUUCGCAAGAACGAGCUGCAAGCAGGCCUCGAGGGGUGCAUUGUGAGCGAGAAGUAA